AAACAUUAUCUUUAUAUGCUUGCAACAUUGACUCCGUCUGUCUUUCUUUUUGUAAAAAAAUUGCAUCGUGAGAUUUUUAUGAUACUUCAAAAUGGCUGGGAAUAAUACUGAAGAAGUGGAGGGUUCUGCGACGACAGAAACUAAAGGUACGACUAAUGCAGAGGUGCCGCCCGAAUUUUUGAUAAAGCAUCCUCUGCAGAACACCUGGAGUCUUUGGUUCUAUGACAAUGAUAGAAACAAAACAUGGGAGGAGAACCUGAUCGAGCUUACCACUUUUGAUACAGUUGAAGAUUUCUGGAGACUGUACCACCAUAUUAAGCUACCUUCAGAGCUCCGUCAAGGUCACGACUAUGCUGUCUUCAAGCAAGGUAUCCGUCCGAUGUGGGAGGAUGAUGCCAACAAGAUGGGUGGCAGAUGGCUGAUCAAUCUUGAGAAGAAACAGCGUAACUGUGAUCUGGAUCGCUUCUGGUUAGAUGUGGUUCUCCUCUUGAUUGGUGAAAAUUUUGACCAUUCAGACGAAAUCUGUGGUGCCGUGGUUAAUGUUAGGGCGAAACUUGAUAAAAUUGGAAUUUGGACGGCUGAUACUUCUAAGCAGCAUGCUAACAUAGAGAUUGGCAGAAAAAUAAAAGAGCAGCUCGGCAUUCACGGGAAAAUCGGUUUCCAAGUCCACCGCGACACCAUGGUCAAACAUAGUUCGGCAACUAAGAAUCUAUACACUGUUUAGUUGCUUGUCAUUGUUUGUAAACUCGAUGUUAACAGAUGUAUGGGGUGGCCAGUUAAAAUGUCUAAGAAUGUUAUUGUUGGUGCCGAGUGAGUGCGGUAAGACAGAUGAAUCGACUAAAAUGACCAAAUCCUUGAUCAAUUUAGUCGAUUUUUCAUCCUACUAACACUCGUAUGUCUUCCUUUUCUGUUAAUUCGAUUUUUUGAAUUCGAAAAGGAAUUCUGGAUUCACAAUGUUUGUGUGUAGAAGAGGAUAUUUUAUCCAUACUAUGAGCUAUCUCAUACAUGUUGUUGUGUUUUCUAACCAUUGAUUAGCUACCAGGAGUUAUGAUAUUUAGGUUGAUUUAAGGAGUUGUCUCACAUAAUUUAUCUUAAUAUAACGUGCAUGUUACGUCUGUGGCUAGAAAACUAUAAAUUUUAAGUCUGACUUUUGUACUAAAGUGUGCAUUAGUUAUAAUCUAUAGAUGUAAUUGUGUCGAAAUGUGUUAGCUUGGUUGCAGGAUUUAAAUUAUUAGUAUUAUAAAGGAAAUAACCGUUAUUUCUACAUUAAGCACUUAUUUUAUUAUUCAAAACACUUGGCUUUUAACACUGCCGUCUGUCGGUCAUAUUGUAACAGCAUUUCAACGAUGCAAGUAUACUAUAAACAUUAAAU